AACAAGCUGUUUGUCCCACCGGCGUUUUAUUUAGCCACAGAAGGUCGUCUGCAACCGGUCGUUAUUUGGCAAGAAACGUAUAAACUGUCCCCGACAACUUCGCCGCAGUUUAUGAGCAGCGACGAUGUGAGGACGCGAGUGAUGUUUUCGCUUUAUGUCGCGCUAAUUGGGAUUAUUACGAUAAGUCGCUAGCUGGCUAAUGUUACAGCUAGGGUCUUAGCUACAUUUCUGACACGUAUUAGCUCCGCGCGGGCUCUUUUCCCCUCUUCUUUGGUUGUUCCGGUUGCUUUAUUGUCCGCCACGCAAGGUUUUGGUCUUAUUGACACCGAGCAGCUGUUUUGAUGGCAACCGCGACCACCGCCCGGAGGUUGCCUAUGGGUGUGCGGACUUUUAGUGACUACCUCCAGGUUGCCAUAGUGGGCUCUCCGCGGUCCUGCCGUCCGGCGGUGUCCCAAAUAUGCACGCGACAAAGUAUCAGGCAUUUGUCCUCAUGCGGCAUUUUGAUGACCAGAUCUCCCAGGGUGCUUUGCCUUCACGACUGGGACGCCAUGGCGAGUGUUUCCACUAGCAGGAACUUCAUCAGCCUCACCAACAAAAGGAAGGAGUACUCUGAACGCAGGAUACUCGGGUAUUCCAUGCAGGAGAUGUACGACGUGGUGGCAAAUGUGGAUGACUACAAGCUGUUCGUCCCGUGGUGCAAGAAGUCCCAGACGGUGGCCAAGCGGGCAGGGCACUGCAAGGCCCAGCUGGAGGUGGGCUUCCCGCCUGUCGUGGAGCGCUACACGUCCAUGAUCAGCAGCGUGCGGCCUCAUCUGGUCAAGGCUGUGUGCACAGACGGAAAGCUUUUCAACCACCUGGAGACCAUUUGGCGCUUCAGCCCUGGCAUUCCCGGCUACCCUCGCACCUGCACUGUUGACUUUUCCAUAUCCUUCGAGUUCCGCUCCCUGCUACACUCGCAGCUGGCCGCUAUGUUCUUUGAUGAGGUGGUCAAGCAGAACGUGGCCGCCUUUGAGCGGCGCGCCUGUAAGCUCUACGGCCCGGAGACCCGCAUCCCACGAGAGCUCAUGUUCCACGAAGUCCACCAAACGUGAUGUCCGGUCCUGGGUGCCCACUCUGCAUGAAGCCGCUGCCUAAAUUAAGACCCCACGCCCCGUCUACCUCCCUUGAGGGACAUUGUCCAGCCAGUUUGUGUACAAAAGCAGAAACGAGUCAACAAAUUAACCACCCAGCACAUGCUUUUUAUUUUAUUAUUAUUCAUUUUUUAAGCAAGUCCCUUGUUGCACUCUGACCUCAAAGUUCAACAUAUUCAAUGUCCUUCACUUUAAAUUCUUUUGAUGCACAACUCGCAAUAAGAUGACGAACCUUGCAUUUGUAACGGGCUGGCAUAAUUGUCAGGAUACUUAAAUGCAUGUGUCCAACAGUUGCUCAAUAUAUAUUUUUUUGCACAACUUUUGCAGUGUUCAAAUAAGCUGAAUGGCAAAAUUCACUUUAAAAAAUUUUUUUAAACAGUGGACAUCUAUACAAAAUUGAUCAUUUCCUUAACUCAUUCACUACUAGACCAGGUCACAGUUGUUGUGUUAGUUGAAAAAGGGAAAUUGAUAUCCAAAACACCUAUUGAUAGCAAUAGAUGUCCAAUCCCUUUUAAUUCAGUUACAAUCGAUUGGACGUCAAUUGACAUCAGUUGAACACCUUGGCUGCCACUCUGAGGUCACCAAAAAAAAAAAAAAUCUGACAGUAAAAUACACACGGGCCACACUCUUUGAAUGUUUUUUUUCAAUUGAUUUCAAAUGUAUUUUGAAUUCUUUUUUAUACUAUUUUUAAUUUGCAUGUUUUUAAAUUACAAUUGACCCCACCCCUCCCCCGAAAUCUUCAUUUUAUUUCCUAUUAUAUUUUUUAUUGCCUAUUGCAAAAUAUGUGGAGGCAAAACUAAUACUUCAAUUGGUUGUCAAAUGGCGGCUGCAACUUGGAGACCCAUUAUGCUAUAUGAGCUGUUUUAGAAGAUAGUUGUAGGUUCAUCCCAAACUUUUUGCUGAGUUGUUUCCGCUUUGCUGCAAUAUAGUGAGCUUGGUGCUAAACACUAUUUAUUUAUGAAUGAUAGUGCAUUGGAAGGAAGUACAGGGGAAAGUGGGUAUAAUGUGCCAUGUUUGAGGCAAUUCGAGUGUUACCAGGUUUGUUUUCUUUCUGCACUUUGAAAUUGCCUGCUGUUGUGCUGUGACAUUUGCAUGCGUGUGCACGUAUUUUGUAGCCCAGCAGUGAACUAAAUGAUACACGCUUUGAGUCAGAUACAAGAUAAUAUGGGCUGCUUUAACAGGUAUUUUAAAUUGGAAAGUUUUUUUUUUUUUUUUGUGUAUUUUUUUUAAAAUAAUAAAAGCAGUUGAGACUUCAGGAUGCUUCCCAAAAAUCUUUGAACGCUAAAAAAUUUGAAAGGCUUAUUUUUUUUUUUAAUAUUUUGAUUUCAAUUUUUACCAAUGUUCUUUAAAAGGUUUUCAUUGGGGGGUUAAACUUAUUAGAUUCCCAAUGUUACAUGGCAUAUAAAACAUAUCCAAAAGGUUUAAAACGGCUAUGUUGACCCAGACAUCCCUGUUGGGCUGUAAAAUCUGUUCAGCUUUUUGUCUUUAAUUUCUGCACAUUUAUGCCUAGGUUUAACUUGUAUUUGUGUGUUGCUCACAUAUUGAUUGUAAGACAAAAAAAAAAUUGACUGAUGUUACCAAAGGUCUAUGAAUUCUUUUUGGAUUACCUCACUUUUUUUUUUUUUUUUUUAACAUGUGCUAGAAAAAGUGGGCCUAUUUGAUGUGGCAAAGUCAACCAAUCAGCAAUGUAGGAGAUAAAAAAUUAACUGUUGCUUUGCUACAUUCCAUUUCUUCAAGUUUUUGUCAUCUGCAGGGAGAAUACUCAUAAAAAGUUAACUUUCAAGCAUCUGUGCUAUGUCCUAUUAUUGUACACAAGUGUACCUUUGGAGCCAAUAUUGUAAAUAAAUAUAGUUCCUUAUUUUCAA